GGGCCGGGCGGAGGCCGCGGCCGAGCCGGGGGCUCGCGUAGAUGUGCAGCCCGGGGGAGGCCCCCCCUGGGCCGGCCCCGGCCGGGGACCUGCCCCCGGAGUGGGAGACAGAUGACGAGCGCAUGGCCUUCCUGUUCUCGGCCUUCAAGCAGAGCCGCGAGGUGAACAGCACCGAGUGGGACAGCAAGAUGGCCUUCUGGGUCGGGCUGGUUCUGGCCCGCGGCCGGCGGAGGGGCGCGGUGAGGACGUGCCUGAGGGAGCUGCAGAACGGCUUCGAGCGGCGGGGCAGCGUCCCCUUGGGGCUCGGCACCGUCCUCAGGGAGCUGCUGAGACGUGGGAAGCUCCAGAGGGAGUCAGACUUCAUGGCCAGUGUAGACAGCAGCUGGAUCUCGUGGGGUGUGGGAGUUUUCAUCCUGAAGCCCCUCAAGUGGACCCUCUCCAGCGUGCUGGGGGACAGCAAAAUCCCUGAGGAAGAGGAGGUUCUGAUUUACGUGGAGCUGCUGCAGGAGAAGGCAGAGGAGGUUUACCGGCUGUACCAGAGCUCCGCCCUCUCGUCGCACCCCGUGGUGGCGCUCUCCGAGCUGCGCUCCCUGUGCGCCGGCCUGUGCCCCGACGAGAGAACCUUCUACCUGCUGCUGCUGCAGCUGCAGAAGGAGAAGAGGGUCACCAUCCUGGAGCAGAAUGGAGAGAAGAUUGUCAAGUUUGCCCGAGGCCUCCACGCCAAGGUGUCCCCAAUGAACGACGUGGACAUUGGGGUUUAUCAGCUGAUGCAGAGUGAGCAGCUGCUGUCACAGAAGGUGGAGUCCCUUUCCCAGGAAGCAGAGAAGUGUAAAGAGGAUGCCAGGAGUGCUUGCAGAGCUGGGAAGAAGCAGCUGGCCCUGAGGUGCCUCAAGGCCAAGCGGAGGACGGAGCGGCGCAUUGAGGAGCUGCACUCCAAGCUGGAUGCGGUGCAGGGAAUCCUGGAUCGGAUCUACGCCUCCCAGACCGACCAGAUGGUGUUCAAUGCCUACCAGGCUGGCGUGGGGGCUCUCAAGCUCUCCAUGAGGGAUGUGACCGUGGAGAGGGCAGAGAACCUGGUGGAUCAGAUCCAGGAGCUCUGUGACACUCAAGAUGAGGUGGCCCAGACCCUGGCUGGAGUGGGGAUCAACGGGCUGGAGAUGGACUCUGAGGAGCUGGAGCAGGAGCUGGACAGUCUCCUGCAGGACUCCAGCAAGGAUUCCCUGGAUCUGCCUCCGGUUCCCCAGAGGGUGCUGAGUGCCCCCAUCUCUGAUGCCGAGCUGGAAGCUGAGCUGGAGCAGCUCUCUGUGUCUGCUGGAGAUGUGGCACAAAAGACUCCCUCUGCUUCUUCUGAACCCAAAACAGCUCUGGGACUGAAUCUCUGAAGAGCCAACAGAAUCCUGUUGCUGCAGCUUGGGAAGUGUCUCAAUGUUCCUUAACUGAUGACCAGAACUUCCAAGGAGAGGGGAGCAGCCCUGUCCUCCUGGAUCUGUCUUUGCUCAGCAGCAGGAGCUCCUGCCAUGACAAUCCACUCUGGACCUGGCCCCAGCUGGUGUUUGUCAUCUGUGCCAACAUCUGGUCUCGAGCUGACUCGUGACCCCAAGUCACUGCCACAUCCAGGCUUCCCUCUGGGAACACAACUCCAGCCAAGAUAAAAACUCUUCUGUGUCCAUAGCAGUGCUCGGUUUUGGGUUUGAUUUUGGUUUCUCUUCCUUUGCUGUGGCUGAUGUUGAGAAUCUGAGCAGCAGCAGCGUUGCAGUGGCUCAACAUUUGGCUGUUUGUGUGGUUGUUUAGAACACUUGGCACAUCAGUCCUGCCCUUAAACACCUGGUGCUUGUUGUGUCCCUCCCUCUGGAUCCUGCACUGACAGCCAGGCACUGGAUCUGCUCAGUUUGAGGAGAUUUUGGUGCUGCUCAGAGAGGGCAGCAAGGGCAAGCACAAGGCAAAAGAAUCCCUCUCUCUGUAAUGACAUUAAGGCCUUAAAAGGGAGACCUGCAAAAGAUUCCCCCAGAGGAGUUUCAGGCUCUUGUGGCCGAGGCUGCUCUUUCUGCUGGCACUUGAAAUUGGAGCUGGUGGCUAUUUUUGUAUCACCCCUGUAAGCAAAACUCCUGGGGAGCUGCAGGGUGCUGGCUCUGAGCUGCCACGGAGGGAUUUGGGGUGGGAAAUAAAUAAAAGGAUCCCUUGGGAGGGCACAGCCCCAUGGAACAGCCUUGGCUUUGCCUUCAGCCCUGGCACUGCACUCCCCCAGGAUUGUGUGUUCCCUGACAGCCCCAGCCCAGCCCCUGUGGAUGUUUUUGAUGCACAAACCCCUGAGCACCACAGCUGCAGCUGCUCCAGGGCUGCCUCUGCCCCUCUCAUCUUUUGCAGGUCACUUUUAACCCCUGUGUGCCCACGGAAGCCUGGGAAGCUCCAGGAGGGGAAUGUGCCCUUCCCUGGCAUUGCUGAGCAUGGCAGGGGAGUGCCUGGCUGCCUGUGGAUGGAUCACAGCCCUGUGCCCCUCCUCCUGGCUGGGAAUGUGUCCCACAGCACCGGGAAUGUGUUCCACCACCAGGGGAAUGUUUUCUACCACCAGUGGGAAUGUAUUCCUGCACCACUGGGAAUUUAUUCCAGCACUACUGGGAAUGUAUCCCACAGCACUGGGAAUGUGUUCCUGUAGCACUGGGAAUGGAUUCCUGUACCAGUGGGAAUGGAUUCCUGCAGCACUGGGAAUUCAUUCCAGCACUACUGGGAAUGUAUC